ACAACUGGAUUUGGAUGCCGUGGAAGACCUGUCGCCGAAAAAAGAUCAAAUUCUCGACAACACGUUGGAGGUGAAGAACAAGGAUGGACCAGUGAGAGAUGUUCAUCUCGCUAAUUUUGAGCCCUGGGCAACCAAACGGUCGCAGAUUCUUAAUGCCCGGAGCAGUGAUGACACACCUAGAAUAAUCGCUCUCGGGGCCUCACUUCCUGCAAAAUUUUCUGUUGCUAACAAGACCAAGUACAGACUGCAAAUGCUCGAAGACAUGUCUGGGCUGCGAAAGCUAGCAGACAGAUCUCAAAAGGAAUUCGUCAAUCGUGUUAACGAACUCCGACAACGGUUCCUAAUCGCUUGGGAGAACAAUAAGAGAGUAGAGUCCAUUGAGGUGAUCACCACACUUGCACGUUUGCUCUCAGCACCGACUACUCCGUCGUUCUUUCCUAUUCAGUGGAUCCUCGUUACCGACAUUAUUGACUUGUUUGGUGACAAUGUUUACGGUCGCUUGUUAUCCAAGGCCAACGAGGAGAGGAAAGAGAGAGGAGAUGGGCCGUUACCUUCGAAUUUCGAAUCAACUGUCGUGCCUCCUAAUACUGUCGAAGUGGCGCAGAAUUGGUUCAGCAAGGUUGAUGAUAUAAAAGAGGUCGUGCCUCGUUUCUACGUAGAAACAACCUUGAUCGGAUGCCAGCAGUUCUUAGACAGCACUUCGUUGAGAGCCAGUCUCCUUCGACUUGCUACCAUGAUUGAAGAACAGUUCCAUAUCUUUCCAGUCUUUAUCACGCUGUCAAUUUAUGCUCGUGUAACAUCUGUGAAGACAGCAAUGAUUUUUGGAGCCAGCUCAGACGAGACCGAAUCUGUUACUCCUGCUCUGGAAUGGAUUGUCCAGUGCGUCUCGUAUGGUGCUGCAACAAUCGAAGAUCUGGGACCGCUGUGGGAGUAUUGCAGAAAGCCUGAAAAACACAGUUCACUUAUUCAUGCUUUUGUAAUUGGAGUAUCUCUCAAGUACCUCUUAAAUCACUGUGCUGAAUUCUGCGAACUUUUUGGUGUGGCCAUACAUUUCACGCUUCGAAAAGGAAGAUUACAUGAAGUGUGGGGCCGAUAUGGAAUUGUCGAGCAAUGCGGCCACCUGUGCCAGUCAAUCACACCAGAGACCAUCAGUGACGAGUGCCGUCAACUCAGUUCCAUAGAAUUGCUCACCCAUCUUCUUUCUGUACUUGUUUUUGUUCCGGAUAUUCCAAAGAAGCCUAUGCUGCACAUGUUUAACGCGGUUAUCAAUCUUAUCGAAAGGUUGGUGUCUGAGGAUUUUGUACUUACAAUAGCUGGUGUAGUACAGUACAUCCGAGUAAAGUACAGAACAACCGUCGCAGAAAAGGUUGAUCACGUUAUGCAACAGGUCCUGGCACUGAUUGAAGCACAGUCAGCUGCGAAGCCGGCAAUUGCUAUGAACUUGCUGGAAUUUGCAGUAAUGAGGCUCAGCAUUGAAGGCUCGGUGGUCAAGAUGGUUACAAAUUUGCUGAAGAGAUGUGCUAAGAGUGGGCAAUUCGCUUCUCGUGUGGCAUAUGUGAUCGAAGAUCUAACGAAGUUGUCUGAAGAUAAUGAUGAGCUGAAACAAGCGCUCAUUAAGAUGAAGUUGUUAUAG